AUGGGGUUUAGCAAUGCAAAGCGGUGCGUUUUACAUUUGUCACUACUUGAUCUCUCUCCCAAGAACUCUCUAUGCUCUCUGUACUACGAUUCAUUCCUUCCUAACCUUUCUUCUUCUUCGUUUCUCUUCCGUGCUCGAUCUUCUUCGUUUUUCUCUCGUGCUCGAUCUUUCUUCAUUUCUUCUUCUCCAUUUGUCUUUGUUUAUGAAUUGGUUUCUCUCCCCCUGCUCGAUCUCUCUCCCAACCCUAAACCUAACGCAGCUGUGCGAUGCCGAAGAAGAUUCGCAAUCCAGAUAUCCACCAAGCAACGCCAUCCUAGGGUCAAACUCCCAUAUGGUGCCAAGAAAAUCGUUCCAAGUGGCUGCCGAGCAAUGAUUGGUCAGGUUGCUGGUGGAGGGAGAACUCAUGAGAAGUCACUUCUCAAGACUGGUAAUGCAUACCACAAGUUCAGAGUGGAGAAACUGCUGGCCCAAGGUACGUGGUGUGGCAAUGAACCCAGUCGAGCAUCCUCAUGGAGGAGGUAACCACCAGCAUAUCGAUCAUACGAGUACUUUCAGGUGUGAUGCACAUCCGCACUGAAGCUACUAUAGUCUUAUCAGAUUCGACUGUAGUAAAUAUAAAGAGCAAGCCCUUGUAAAGAGAGAAAUAGAAGUAUUAAGAAAAGAUGAAGAACUUUGAAAGAGAGAAGAAGAUAUUGGCAAGAGGAAGUUGGCUCUCCACAACGAUCAAGCCUAGCUUCGCAAUCAAGAAGCCGACAUGCGGCAUGCAUGCGCACCAUUUAAUUCGUGUGUAUUGGCUAAUAUUACAUAAUCUAAGAAUGGAUCUCAAAUACUUGCUACAAGAAGCUACUUGGCUGCGUUCCAUCUGCCGUCUUCGGCUAUGUUCUAUCAAUUCUUAGUUGCAUUUGUGAAUAUAAUAGUAGACAAAGUAAAACCCACAUAAAAAACAUACAAAUAAAAUAAAAUGAAUGGAAGUGGUAAUUAUACACUUUCUUGUAUUCU